GCAAAUGGCCGUGAAAAGGACCGAACUCGAGGGUGUAUGAAAAGCUAAUGGUGGAUGAUUUUGUGAUUUAAACUAGUGAAUAAAUUGUUAAUUCAGUGUGGUGCCGUUGGAAUAAUACAAAAUGUGCCAAAAAGUGAGAAUCCAGUCUUAAUAGUGGUAUAGGAAGCGCCUGAAAACCGCUGGAGGGACUUAACACAAGACAUAGCUGGCAGAAGGGUCGGCAGGCGUGGUAGUGAUUGUAGUCGCACGGCGGCAACUCAGGUUUGCUCCGGUGGUUCUGCUAAGAGACACACCAUGAACGAGCUCGACAGCCUGCGACAGGAGGCGGAGACCCUGAAAAAUGCCAUCAGGGACGCGCGGAAGGCGGCAUGCGACACGUCGCUCGCGCAGGCGACCGCCAACCUCGAGCCGAUCGGGCGCAUUCAGAUGCGCACGCGGCGCACCCUGCGCGGACACCUCGCUAAGAUUUACGCCAUGCAUUGGGGCAGCGACUCCAGGAACCUGGUAUCCGCCAGUCAGGACGGCAAGCUGAUCGUAUGGGACAGCCACACUACGAACAAAGUCCACGCAAUCCCGCUCCGCUCGUCGUGGGUGAUGACGUGCGCGUACGCACCCUCCGGCUCGUACGUCGCGUGCGGCGGAUUAGACAACAUCUGCUCCAUUUAUAGUUUGAAGACGCGCGAGGGCAACGUGCGCGUGUCCCGCGAGUUGCCCGGCCACUCCGGGUACCUGUCCUGCUGCCGCUUCCUGGACGACAACCAGAUCUUGACCAGCUCCGGGGACAUGACCUGCGCCCUGUGGGACAUCGAGACGGGCCAGCAAUGCGGACAGUUCACAGGACACACAGGCGACGUGAUGUCGCUGUCGCUGGCGCCGGACCAGCGCACGUUCGUGUCGGGCGCGUGCGACGCGUCCGCCAAGCUGUGGGACAUCCGCGACUGCCAGUGCAAGCAGACCUUCCCCGGACACGAGAGCGACAUCAACGCCGUCACUUUCUUCCCGUCCGGGUUCGCGUUCGCCACCGGGUCGGACGACGCCACCUGCCGGAUGUUCGACAUCCGCGCGGACCAGGAGCUGGCGAUGUACUCCCACGACAACAUCAUCUGCGGCAUCACCUCCGUCGCCUUCUCCAAGUCGGGCCGUCUGCUGCUGGCCGGCUACGACGACUUCAACUGCAACGUGUGGGACAGCAUGAAGAGCGAGCGGGCGGGCAUCCUCGCCGGCCACGACAACCGCGUGUCCUGUCUCGGCGUCACCGAGAACGGCAUGGCCGUCGCCACCGGCUCCUGGGACUCCUUCCUCCGCAUCUGGAACUAAACCCGCCCCUGACCCCCAACAUCCCCCCCCCCUCCACACUACCGCCCCCCACUCCCCCCCACUCCCCCGCACACCGCACUACACACCCGUCGCCGCACGAGUCUCUCAAUCGCGAGAUGACGUGGCGUUCUUUGAUACGCGAUUCAAAGAUGUGUCGAGAAUUUUCCAUAAUACGUGUAUUGAUUUGAGAAUGUCAUUAAAUUCGAUCUCUCUUUUAUGAUCUCGUGUGCAAAACUAUGUCGAACAAAAUUUGAAAAUUUAAAGCGGCGUGUGUCUGUUUUUCGAUCAAAAUAUACAUAGGAUCGUUUGUUAAAACCGCGUAAGAUGUAUCUAAACAAAAUGGCUGCCAAGAUCAAAAUGGCGCCAUUUUCAUGAGUCGAUGACACCUUCACGUACAUUUUUAUUGAUUCCUUAGAAAGGUUCUAUGCAAAUUAAUACUAAUGUGCGCUCCCUUUCUAUUAAAAAAUCCUAACGUUCAUUUAAAUAAAUCUUGAUUACAAAUCGAACCUUAUGUAGAUAUAAUAAGGUUGAUUACUGCGUACGGGCGCAGUAAGGGGGGUACUUUGUUUUUUACUAUUUAGAGUACGCGUAAUACGAAUGAAUUUAUACGCGCGUGAAUGGGACGAACGCUUUCGCGAGUGUAUAUUACAAUUGUACAGCUUAGAAAGAGAGGAAAGUAUUUAUUUGUCCCUUUCUAUGAUGUUUUGUGAAUACAAAUUGCGAGUGAAGAUAGAAAAACGGGUGUUGUGGCACGAGAUUUAUAUCAAUUUAAAAUCUUUCAGAACUAUUAAAAAUAAUGCUCUUAUCAUCUAGCAUCUUAUGUGAUUUUAUAAGCAUUCGAUCGCUAAGCUUUUGUAACAUUGAAAUGAUACCAUACAACUGUCAUUUUUGACAAUUGGGUUAUGUCAAAUCGUCGACCAAUUUUGAACAGCGCAUUUUGACACAAUGUUGACGUUCCAACAGUUGGAAUAUUAAUGGUAUACUGUACAAUUGUAAUAUGCGACAUCUUUAAAUUCCCUUAAAACGAUCCGUGUCUCAAAUAAAAGGGAAUCAAACACUGCUAUUUAUUUAUCAAGUUGAGCAUUUAAACUUGAAGAUGGGUAUCAAAACGCACGAUUUUCGCCAAAAUCGGUCGUUUUGUCCCUUUUGCGGCUGAGAUUGUGCGUUUUGUUACCCGUCUUUGUGUAGGGUGGGUUGUGUGUGUGAGUGUUCGCGAUAUACAUUUAUAUUAUAUAUUAAACUGUGUAAUUAUGGUUAGCGUAGCACCCUUAUACCUUCCCAGGGAGGGCCGAGCUGUUUUAAGUUUCUUUAACUCGAUGACACAUCGCACAAUAGAAAAGUCGUACAAGUUCUAAAAAACUUAAAGAACCAAAUACUAUUAUUAAUGUACCUAUGCGUAAUUUAUUGAAUGAGAAUUUUCUUUUCGACGUAUAUAUAAAAAAUAUGUAAAUCUAACAGUUGUAAUUUAUGAUUUUAUUAUAUAAUUGUAUGUUAGUGAUAGUUCACACGUUUUAAUGUUUAAGAAUUGAGAUUUUUCAUAGCGAGAUCUCUUAUCGGAACUGAAUGCCUAAUGUCUAUGGUCUUACAUACAGGUGGACUAAAGUUGGCGCGUUAAAUGUUUCAAUCAAAAGUGGGUCUUAAUCCUAUGUCUUUCUAAUGUUAUGUUAAACUUUCAUCUGUACAAUGUGUUACCAAUUUCGUUCCAUUUACAAAUUUGAAGAGUGCGAAAGAAAUUAACGAAUAAAUUAUUGUUUGAAUUUCGAGCAAUCUGAUUGGUGUUUGCUUUCGUUCAUUAGUAUACGUAAGAGCCCAGUGCAAAAAUGAAUUAUUGCCAAUUUUAGUUACCUGAUUUGUACAUGAACCGACGCACAAAAAUAACAGAAUUGAGCAAUGCACAAAAAUUUUGUUUAAUAUACUUGCGACAGCUUAGAAUAUCUUUAUCCUUUUCUGGUGUUUAAGAUUAUUAUAAGCCAUCUUGGCCACUAAGUCCAGUGUUGGACAAAGAAUUUCCAGAAAUGAUAAAAAUUCACUGCAGUUAAAAAUAAAACCUUUAAGGUUCAUGUGUGGUCUUUAGACAGUUAGCUAUUAUUUCCCCUUCAAUUUUUUUCGAGGGUUUCAUUGAACCAUUUAAUUCAUACUUUGACAUUUGCAAUAUAAUUUAUGUCUAACUCAAAACAUCGUAUCAAUGUUUAACAUGUAAGGUUAAGGUUAUUUUGAGAAGAUUUUUUUCGUUGCACAAAAAUCGUAACUUUACGCACAUGUGUAAGAAUGCAUUUCAGUUCCCAUUCCUAAAGGUUUGGGCGGUGAAUGUCCCAUAUACAAAAUUAUAAUUUUUUAUAACAUCAAUAAACUAUGGCAUUUUGCGCAUAAAACGAAAAAUCAAUCGUAUUACAUUAUAAUUUUGAAAAUCGGACAUACCGCGCUCAAAUCUAAAAUUUUGAUGAUUUUAUUUACUGAACGUUUUGUGAUCAGUCCUUUAUAUGUCUGUCUGAAUUGGAAAUAUAAUUGUUUGGACUAUAAAAA